UCUCAACCAUACAACUCCUGUAUUCCUACGCAUAAGCUCAACUGUGCUGUAUUAAUACACUGACUGCAGCUCAGCAGUCAGGAAGUGCUGCUGCUGCGAGAUCAGACCUGAAAUCAAAACAUUGUCCUUAUAAAAAAAAGAUGGUGCGUCAUUGUGUUUUUCCGGGCUGUUCAAACAAAGAAGUGUCCUGGUCACCUUAUAGAUUUCACCGUGUUCCGUUGAAUGACACUGGCCUUAAACAGCUGUGGCUAGUUACUCUGAAUAUAGACCUCGACACACCAGUGGCAAAACUGAGAGAGCUCCGCGUUUGCAGUGAUCAUUUCUCUGAAGAGGAUUAUCUAAAACCACGACCCAAUAAGCUAGAUAGACACUUGCUGAAGCGCACUGCGGUACCCAACCAUCAGGUUCUCCCCAGCCCUGAACAGUCCCUCCUCCCCAGAGAAAGACCAUCAACCUCUGGAGCCGACCUUGCCUUACCUGCUGUUAAGUCUGAACCAGAGCUGCAUGACACCUGGGGAGUAAUGGACGGACCACCAGGCCAGGACAAUAGCACAGGCAAUCAAAUGAAUGUACCCGAGACAUGCACUGCAACCACGGAGAAACCAACUCUGCAGCACAUUGUCGAUGAAGAGGCCAUCCUGCAGCUGAUGAAGAACUGUCCGAUGUGCGACAGAAAGUGCCGCUGCAGCAAACGCACCUGCGGUCCUUACUUCAUAGUCUACCAGAGCUGUUACUUCUGCAAUUAUCAACGCAAGUGGGCCAACCAGCCUGAAGCUAGAAGCAUGAACAUUCAUAAGGCGAACGUACCGCCCAAGAAGAGACUCCGGCCAAAGAACAAGGCUUCUGUAAAUGCCAAGGCUCAGUCAUCACAGCUUAAUAAGACAAGCAUUUCUGAAUCCUCAGUCUCAGAGUCUCACGACCAAUUAAAGACCUGAAGAGCCCGGCGUCAACUCUGUCUUAAAUGUGCUUGACUUACAUGAAUCUGAUAUUGGGCAUGAACCAAGUUUCAGAUGUGCCUUAAGGUAGAUCAUUAUUACGCAGUCGGAGAUGCUUUAUGAUGAUUCUGUUGAGCAGAAGCUUCAGACCAAAGUAAUAACAUUUAAUUAGCUAAUAAGGAACACAAUCAGAGUAAAGCAGUAAAAGAGGUGAUAAGCAUAGUUUUGCUCGCUAGUGGUGAGAAAGAUGACUCUAAAAAUGUGGUAAGGUGCCACUGUGUUGUGGAAAAAAAACAUUUUGAAUACUAAUCAUAAAUAUAUGUAUAUAGAAAAAUUAUAGAAAGGUCCGUGUGCUAAAUAUACAAGUCUUGACCUACUUGAUGGAGUUUUCCUGGGGGUCUCCUGCCGUCUCCGUCCUGGUGUGGUUUGUGCGUUAUGUUGUGACUUAUGAUGGGCCUUCGUCCUAGCUAGGGACAGUCUGGGGGCUUCGGAAACAUCCCUUAGUAUGGCCUCUCUGUACUGACGCUCCUACACACACAGAUAUAUUAAACUGUUAGCAAACUGGGACAGAUUACCUAACAGUCACAAGAACUCAGUAAUUCACAAUAUUUUCCUCCAAGCUGAAGGAUUUUUUUUGUUAGGGUUAAUAUCCUCAUAUUGUUGCUUGUUUAAUGGUCGUCUGUACAGCAGCAGUUAUUUUCCCUUUUCCAUUUUAUACAAAGUUUAUGCCAACUUUUGGAGGUAAAUUGGUAUUCAGUUAAAAGAGAAAAGUUCUCCUUCAGUUUCCACCAGAACAUACCAACAAAUUAGGUGCUAUAUGUAUUUUUAUAGUGGAAGUUGAAUAUUCAGGAAAUGUUAUUUUUGUUUGAAUACAUCCUAAAGUCUUUACUGUGUUAUGACUAACUGCACUUUUCUGUUAUGUCAUUAAAACUUUACAUUCUAUCUGAACAAAUGUGCUUUCACAAAUUGAUUUAAUUACUGCAGCAAGUACAAGUGCACAGGCGAAUAUGAUUACAAGAUUGUGUUUCACUUCUAUUAUCUCGAGGCUGUGAUUUGUUUGUAUAAUAUUCACAAUUAUUAAUCUCUUUGUAGUAGUAAACCAUUUGAUAAUCGGGUCACUGUUGGGAUUUCUGCCUGUAUAAUACCUUGGUUACAGUAAAAUCUGUUAAAUUGA